AUGGCGUCCUUUGUAUUGGAAAUAGUUGUUCUACUAUGGGCUGCUGCAACAAUAGCAGUACUAGCAUCUGAAUCAUCAUCAUCACCAGAAGCCAAGGCUCUACUCAACUGGAAAAAUGCUGGCAGCAACUUUCCUGAUUCUUGGAAGGCAACUGAUACAAGCCCAUGUAGUAAGUGGGAUGGGAUAACUUGCAACGCUGCUGGAAGAGUAACAGAGGUAGACCUAUCCGAAUUCUACUUAUUACAGGCUGAGCUCAACAAAUUGAAUUUCUCCUCUUUUCAAUGUCUAGUUCGUCUCAAUCUCAGUAGGAGUAGAUUUUAUGGAACCAUCCCAGACACCAUUGGUACGCUUUCUAAACUCACCCAUCUUGAUCUGUCUUUCAACACUAUUCUCCAAGGGGAAAUCCCUCCUACCAUAGGUAAGUUGAGCAACCUCAUCUUUCUCUCCCUCUCUGGCAAUAUUAUCAAUGGUUCAAUACCUGGAGAGAUACGAAACCUCAGAAAUCUCAAUCAUUUGGACCUAAGCGAUAACGGAGUUUCAGGUUCAAUACCUGCACAGAUGGGGAAUCUGAGAAAUCUAACACAGUUGAACCUACGAUAUAACUCACUUUCAGGUUCAAUACCUGCACAAAUGGGGAAUUUGAGAAAUUUAAAUUGGUUGAACCUAGAAAGUAACACUGUUUCAGGUUCAAUACCUACAGCAAUGGGAAAUCUUAAGAAUCUCAACUCAUUUGAUCUGAGUUACAAUAAGUUUACUGGUUCAAUCCCUAAAGAAAUUGGAGAUAUGGAACAUCUGGUGCGACUUGAUCUCAGCAGCAACAAACUAAAUGGUUCAAUACCUCCACAGUUGUGGAAACUCAAUUUUAUUACUUACAUGGAUCUCAGCUACAAUGAUCUAGAGGGUGUUGUUCCGGACAAAAUAGCUUAUAAAUAUUCAUAUGAAGCAUUUAGGAAUAACAAAGGUUUGUGUAGUCAUUAUUGGGGUACCACAUGUACAAACAGUGAGGGAGGGCUACCAAUUGUACCAAAAAAAGAGGAAGGGCUACCUAAAAUGAAGAUGAUUUCCAUUAUUGUAUCGCUUUCUAUCAUCAUACUUAUUGCACUUGUAAUUGUUGCUGUCAGGUUCAUCCUCUCCAGGCAAGCAAAGUGCAAAAACUUAAUCACUAAUACAAGAACACCAAAAAAUGGAGAUUUAUUUUCCAUAUGGAACUAUGACGGAAUGAUUGCAUUUAGUGACAUAAUGGAAGCAACAGAAGAAUUCGACAUCAAAUAUUGCAUUGGCACUGGAGGUUGUGGGAGUGUUUACAUGGCAAAGCUACCUACAGGGAAAGUAGUAGCUGUCAAAAAGUUUCAUCGUCUAGAAAUUGAGGAGAAAACCUAUGAGAAGAGUUUCAUUAAUGAGAUACACAUAUUAACAACAAUCCGACAUCGGAACAUUGUGAAACUUUAUGGGUUUUGUUCCCAUCGAAGGGGCACUUUUUUAGUUUAUGAAUAUAUGGAUAAGGGAAGCUUAGCCUAUGUACUUGGAAUUGAAGCAGAAGCCAUGGAAUUGGAUUGGAGGAAACGUUUAAAUAUCAUCAAAGGGGUCGCACAAGCUUUGUCUUAUUUGCAUCAUGACAUUAUGCCACCAAUAAUUCAUCGGGACAUAUCAAGCAAUAAUGUAUUGUUGGAUGUAGAUCUUGAGCCUCAUGUCUCCGACUUUGGAACUGCUAAGUUUCUAAAUCCCGAUUCGUCCAACCGCACUAUAUGUGUAGGCACAUAUGGAUAUAUUGCUCCAGAGCUUGCUUAUACAAUGGUCGUAACUGAAAAAUGUGAUGUUUUUAGCUUUGGGGUACUGGCACUAGAGACAGUUAUGGGAAGGCAUCCUGGUGAACUCAUCUCUUCAUUAUCAUUGCCAAAUGCAAGAGAUAUAAUAUUGAAGGAUGUGUUAGACCCACGUCUCCCACCACCAUCAGAAUCGGUAGCUCAAGAUCUGACUUUAUCAAUGGUGCUUGUAUUUGCAUGCUUGAGCUCCAAUCCAAAAUCUCGUCCAACUAUGCAAUACAUAUCUCAGGAACUACGAAGUCCAAUGAACCUUCGUCACAAUCCUUCUUCAUAA